AUGCCUGUCCCGUCAAAUUACCCCAACUUCGAAAUUCUAGAAGUUGAUCUUUGGGAAUUCCUCCUCGAAAGAGAAGAUAGAAAAUUCCCAGAUGAAAAGAUUCUAUAUCAAGAUGCUGAAACUAAGCGUAAAUACACCUAUAGUUCUCUUAAGGAGGCCUCUGUGAAAUUUGGAAAGGGCCUCAUUGCAAGGUAUGAUUGGCAAAAAGGCGAUGUUCUGGCACUUUUCACGCCAAAAAGCAUUGACACACCUGCCAUCAUAUGGGGUGCAGUCUGGGCAGGUGGAGUUGUCUCACCUGCCAAUCCCGCGUAUACUGUCAACGAGCUGUCUUUCCAGCUAAAGAGCUCAGGCGCGAAGGUGGUAGCCACACAGGUGUCUCUGCUGCCUGUUGUCACUGCGGCCGCGAGGAAUGCCGGAAUUCCUACUGACAAUAUCAUUUUGCUGGGGGACCAACAUGCAACAGAGGCGCGACACAACUACCAGGUCACAUUCAGCUAUGUCGUGCUUCCCGUGGUCCGUCUCCUAAGCAAGCACCCCGUGGUCGAUAAGUACAAUCUUUCAAACCUGCGUAUGAUGAGUUCCGGAGCAGCAUCUCUUUCACGAGAGCUCGUGGAGGCAGUUUACGCGCAUAUUGGGGUCGGCAUCGAGCAGGGGUACGGACUCAGCGAGAGUAGUCCAACUAGCUACUCUCAAGAGUGGAGCGACUGGCGUGAGGCAAUUGGCUCAGUGGGCCGACUGACGCCCAAUAUGGAGGCAAAGUUCAUGACUCACCCGGAGCACAACAAGGAACCAACCGAGGUCCGCGUCGGCGAACUUUACCUUCGCGGCCCUAAUAUCCUCUUGGGAUACCACCAAAACCUGACUGCCACCCGUGAGUGUCUGUCAGAAGAUGACUGGUUCCGGACUGGCGACGUCGGUUAUCAAGAUUCGAAGGGCCACUUCUACAUUACUGAUCGUGUGAAGGAGCUGAUCAAAUACAAAGGCUUCCAGGUAGCACCUGCUGGGCUGGAGGGCCUUUUUGAUCGGUAA